CGCUCACUCGGCUGGUGCUGGGCAACGGUGAGAAGCUAAGGCAGAGGAGGAUCUGAGAAUCUGAAGAAAUAGGUAGGAUGGCCAACAUGGGUUCGAUGCGUAUUCUCAUCAAGGGAGGGAAGGUGGUCAACGAUGACUUCACCCACGAAGCAGACGUCUACAUUGAGAACGGCAUCAUUCAGCAGGUUGGAAAGGAGCUGAUGAUACCGGGCGGGGCGAAGGUGAUUGACGCCUCUGGAAAGCUGGUGUUGCCGGGCGGAAUAGACACCAGCGUGCAUCUGCAGCAGACCUUCAUGAACGCCAGCAUUCAGGAUGACUUCUACAGCGGGACCAAGGCGGCUCUGAUGGGUGGCACCACCAUGGUGAUGGCUCUGGCCCUGCCUGAACAGCAUUGCUCUCUGGUGGACGCCUACGAGAACUGCCGAGCUCUGGCCGACGCCAAGGCCUGCUGCGACUACGCCCUGCACGUCGGGGUCACCUGGUGGGGGCCGAAGGUGCGCAAUGAGAUGGAGACCCUGGUGAGGGAGCAUGGCGUGAACUCCUUCCAGAUGUACAUGGCCUACAAAGACUCGAUGAUGCUGAGGGACUCGGAGCUGUACCAGUCGCUGCAGACCUGUAAGGACAUCGGGGCCAUCGCUCGCGUCCACGCCGAGAACGGAGAGCUGGUGGCAGAGGGUGCCAAAGAGGCUCUGGAGCUGGGCAUCAAUGGACCGGAGGGGAUUGAGAUCAGUCGACCAGAGGAGCUUGAGUCUGAGGCUACUCACAGGGCUAUCACCAUCGCCAACAGGGCUCACUGCCCGAUCUACCUGGUGAAUGUGUCCAGUGUGUCUGCCGGAGACAUGAUUGCUGCUGCUAAGAUGCAAGGUAAAGUGGUCCACGCAGAGACCACAGUAGCUCAUGCUGUUCUGAACGGGAUGCACUACUACCACCAGGACUGGAUUCAUGCUGCCGCCCACGUCACCGUCCCUCCUCUCCGCAACGACCCCAACACACCCAGCUACCUCAUGGGCCUGCUGGCCAAUGACUCUCUGAGUGUGGUGGCAUCGGAGCACCGUCCAUUCAGCACCAAGCAGAGAGCUCUGGGUAAGGAGGACUUCACAAAGAUCCCUCAUGGGUUGGCUGGAGUCCAGGACAGGAUGAGUGUCAUGUGGGAGAUGGGAGUGGUUACAGGAAAGAUGGAUGAGAAUCGUUUUGUGGCAGUGACGAGCUCUAACGCUGCAAAGAUCUACAACCUGUACCCACGCAAGGGUCGUAUCAUCCCCGGAGCUGAUGCUGAUCUGGUGGUCUGGGACCCAGAUGCAGCGAGGACGAUCUCUGUGAGCACUCAGGUGCAGGGCGGAGACUUCAACGUGUACGAGGGUCUGCGCUGCCACGGCGUCCCCCUGGUCACCAUCAGCCGAGGACGCCUGGUGUGUGAGAACGGUGUGUUCAUGUGUGCCGAGGGAUCCGGAAAGUUCUACCCUCAGCGCACCUUCCCUGACUACCUCUACAAAAAGAUGGUGCAGAGGGAAAAGACUCAGGCGAUUAAAGGGGUGGACAGGGACCCUUACUCUGGUGAUGUAGCCAAGGUGGCAAACACUAUGAAGAAGGAACUCGGUCUGGGCCCCAUGGAAGGAGACCCCAAAGGCGUCCCCCGCGCCCACCAGGGGGUCCGAGACCUCCACGAGUCCUCCUUCAGCCUCUCAGGGUCUCAGGUUGACGACCACGUCCCGAAGAGGUCCUCGGCUCGGAUCCUGGCCCCCCCCGGCGGGCGCUCCAGUGGUAUCUGUUGAAAGAAUACAUGUGCCAAUGUGAAUCACUCGUGCGACACCCACACCCAUGCAUGAAGAGCACCACGCGGAGACGGAGCAGUAAAUCUCUCGCAGGCUCACAACAACUGGUGCUGUUUUUUUUUUACUAUAACCUACUCCUGUAUACAACUACAUUAUUUUACUGUUGGAUGGAUUUGUUGUUUUGAAGGCACUGUGACUGGUUGGUGGCUGUGUGUGUUUGUAGGUUUUUGUCGUGUCGGACAGUGAAACUGUUGAAUCUGUAAGUGGCUGCUUGUUUCUUACCACACGAAUAAAGAGAAAAAAAAUAACA